UCGUUUAAAUUUCCUACGAGAGAAACGAUAGAAAAGGUAGAGGUAGGAUGAAUGGAAACGGCGGUUUCGGUUUUGGAACAGGACCGCUUGGACCACCUCAAGGAGGAGGUGGGGGAGGAUGGAACGGAGGACAAGGGGGACAGGGAGGUCAAGGAGGAUGGAACGAAAAUGGAGGAGGAUGGAAUAACGGGAACGGAGGAAAUUGGAAUAGUGGAAACGGAGGAAACUGGAGUAACGGGGGAGGUAGUAACGGAAAUGGAGGUAACUGGAACAACGGAGGAAAUUGGAACAACAAUGGAGGAGGAGGAAACAACGGAGGAGGAUGAAACAAUGGAGGAGGAGGUCAACGAAGAGGACCUAAAUGCUACAACUUCGGACAGUUCAGACAUAUCGUGCGAGAAUGCAAUAAUCAACGACAGUACUUCCAAGGACAACAACUAAAUCACCAAACGCCGCAGCAGACUAACUACCAAGUGCCGCACAUGAAUGAGACGUCAAGUAGUUCAAACGCCUGUGCAGAAGCUCCAGUAAAAACAAUACUUAGUA